AGAAUUUUCUAGUUGCUACAUUUGCUUGCUUAAAUGCUAAUUCUUUGCUGACAAUAAUUCUGUUAUUUAGCUGUAUAACUUGUCCAGUUAUAAGCACUCCACUACAUGAUAGAAUGCAGUACAAUGUAUGGAUAAAGUUAGCAAAAAUAGUAAACACCACUGAUUUCUGUCUUACUGAUGCUCCAGAUAUGCAUGGAUUACUUAGUACAUGUCUCAUUCCCAUAUGCAAAGCUCCUGGUUCUCUUGGUAAUGUUACUGGGUUGAGUAAAUUUCUGAACUUUAGUGAAAUUCAUUAUCACACCAUGGCGCAAUGUGGAAUUGCUACAUACCAGUUACCCCAAGAUGCUAUACAGUUAUACACCCCAUAUGUUGUAAACCACAAGAAUAACACAUGUGCUAGAAUGGUAAAUUGCUCUAUUCACCGUCCACUAAAAGGUUGUUUGUCCCCAAGGCCUUCUCUGUGGAAUUGUUCAAAGAUAGAAAAUGUAACAAGUAACUAUGGACACAUUAUAUUGCCAAUUGGAUGGUUUUUCACAUGUGGGUCUUGUACUUAUAAUUAUGUACCAGCUAAUAUAACAUUAGCACAAUGUUGUCUUAGUCGCUUGACAGUGUUUCUACCACCCCGGCCUACUAAAAGCACUCGACAGAAAAGAGAGACUGAGACUAUGAAUGCAGUUUGUGAUGGAAAUGUUACUGUUUUAAGUCCAGCAGAAUAUAUCUCCCUGGCUAUGAGCCUUGUUGGGGUUCCUGGAUUGGCUGUGGGAAAUGCCAAACAACUUGGGCAUCUGGCAUGUUUACUAGCAAAGACAAUUAAUAGUACUUCCAUUGCUAUUGGACUUUUGAUUCAAGAACAACAAGAUUUAAGGCAUGCUAUACUGGACAAUCGAGCUGCAAUAGACUUUUUGUUGUUACAAAGACAUCUUGGCUGCGAAGCUGUGGAAAAUAUGUGCUGUUUCAAUCUCACAGACAAUAGUAACCAAAUUCAACACCAACUGGACUUACUUAAAAAAUAUGCACAUGCAGUUAAACAAGAUAUUGCACCUGAAUGGUGGAAGUUUUUGUGGUCCUGGUUUCCAACAGGAUGGUUCAAAACUAUAUUUCAAUAUGCUGUAUUGAUUGUAUUUUUAUUAAUCACCUUCUGCUGUUUCAUACAAUGUAUCCCAGGAUUACUGUCAUGGUGUUUUCCCCUCUCUGCUAAUAUAAUUUCCCUUGCAGUUUAA